AAAGCAAAAACAGAAUUGGGCGACAGGAAGUGAAAUCCAAGAACAAGGAGUGAACAACAUGGAACUUCCGCGACGAAUCAUAAAGGAAACGCAGCGAUUGAUGCAGGAGCCAGUUCCGGGAAUCUCUGCACUGCCCGAUGAGACAAAUGCCCGAUAUUUCCAUGUGAUUGUAGCUGGUCCGAAGGAUUCCCCAUUUGAGGGUGGCAACUUCAAGUUGGAGCUCUUCCUGCCCGAGGAAUACCCACUGUCUGCACCAAAGGUGCGCUUCAUCACACGAAUCUAUCAUCCGAAUAUCGAUCGUCUGGGACGAAUUUGUCUGGAUAUCCUCAAGGAUAAGUGGAGCCCUGCACUGCAGAUACGUACUGUCCUCCUAUCAAUUCAGGCACUCCUCAGUGCCCCCAAUCCCGAUGAUCCACUGGCCAAUGAUGUGGCGGAACAGUGGAAGCUCAAUGAGGCAAUUGCAAUUCAGAAUGCACGUGACUGGACCCGGAAGUAUGCAACAGCCUGAAGUGAUAGAUGCGAGCUCAAAAUGUUGGAGAUUUUGUUCUGUUAGUGAAUUAGGCAUCCGGAUGUGGAGUAUUUUAUAAUAAUUGAGACAUUAGCUCACAAUGUAGAAAUGGAAGAAAUUAACAUUCUCACUGAGACGGAAGUAUUGGAAAGCAUAUUUUUAAUAAUCACAUACUUGUAAGAAAUCUCUUGUCUUUCAAUUACUCUCAAUUUUUGACCAGGAAGUCUCAAAAACAGCCUCAAAUUAAUUUUCUUUUUGAAAAUCCCGCGUGACAUUGAAAGGUUUCACGUUGAGUCAUUCCGCGGAGUGACGGAACAGCUGUUUUCAUCACGAAAUUCCCAAGUUUUUUAUUCUUCAACAAAGAAUUAGCAAAAAGACAUGCACGGACGCCUUAAAGUACGCACAACAGAGGAGGAAGCAGCUAGGAAGAAGCUGGAACAAGAUGAGAAGCUGAAGCUCUACCAGGCGGCAAUGAAGGAAAUCCGCGCAAAGAGGGAUGCAAAGGAAUUCGAUAGGGAUCUAUUGGAUCUCACACGGAAGCUCCUCAGCAGUAAUCCCGAUAUCUACACCCUCUGGAAUAUUCGUCGGGAAUGCUUUGAGGAACUGAGGAAAACCCUCACGGAGGAAGAGUUGCGAGAUCUCCACACAGGUGACCUUCACUUCACUGAACAGUGCCUCCAGGUGAAUCCCAAAUCAUACGGAGCAUGGCAUCAUCGUAGUUGGAUUCUGGAAACACGCCCCGAUCCGGAUUGGAAGCGUGAAGUGGAUCUGUGUACGAGGUACCUCAAAUUGGAUGAGAGGAACUUCCACUGCUGGGAUUACAGACGCUACGUGGCUGAGAAGGCGGGUGUUCAGCCUGAGAGUGAACUGGAAUUUUGCACACAGAAAAUUCAGACAAAUUUCUCAAAUUACUCCUCCUGGCACUACCGCAGCAAGCUUCUGCCGAUUCUCUUCCCGCACGAGAGUGACCCCCAGAGGGCUAUCAAUGAGGAGAAGCUACAGAGUGAGCUGGAGCUAGUUCUCACGGCUGCCUUUACAGAUCCCAAAGAUAGCAGUGCGUGGUUCUACCAACGAUGGCUUCUUGGCUAUUCUGAAUUACCCCUGGACCUGGCUGCCUUCCGCUACAGUGGUAAUUUAGCCACUGUAGCCUUCACGAAACCCGUAAAUCUCCACAAAUGCCAACUUACUGGAUCUUUGGACGUCCUAGAGGGUGCUGGAGGAUGGAGAUCAGCUUCUGGGGCGGCUUAUGAUACAACGUGGACAAAACUAGGAGAGAGUACAGUGAAAAACGGAACUUUUGAGUUGAUUUUCUCUGAUGAGCAGCAGCAGGAACACAGGAUGGAGGUUAAAGCAUCAGAAGGGGGAGAAUAUGUUGGGGUAAAGCUACCAAAAUUCGAACAUAUUUUCGGGAAGGCUGUCCUGAGUCAGUUGAAGGAACAACUAGAGUCAUGCAGUCAAUUGCUAGAAUUUGAACCAGACAGCAAGUGGACUCUGCUCACAGCAGCCCUGCUCAUGAGGGCCAUUGAUCGAAAGGCCUAUCACACGAGGGCUCUUGAAUACAUGAGAAAACUUCAGGAAGUUGAUUCUCUCCGACGGGGCUACUACCAAGAUUUGGGCAGUAAAUGGGCUGUAGAGCAGGUGCUUGAGCAAUGGAUUGAAGCUGGAGAUUUCAAUGCAGCUCUGGAUUUGUCCUCCCUGCAAAUUACAUCAUUGGCCUACGAACAAUUCAUGAGUAUUGCGAAGGAAGUUAAUCUGGCGGGGAAUCAAUUGGGAGAUAGAAGUCUGGCCAAGUUGGUGGUUCUCCGUAAUUGCCAGACGCUCAAUUUGCAACAGAAUCCCAUCAGUAGGGACUCUGUGGAGGCUCUGCGUGAGAAACUUGGUGGACAGAUUGAAAUUCUUGCAGAUUUUUCUAAUAACUAAAAAGUAUGUCCGGAACUUUGCAUGAUUCCAAAGAUUUUUAUCUUUUGCUGGAUUUUUUUGGGCCCAAUUUUAAUGAUUUCUUUUAUGAAUAAUAAAGCUUCUGCGAGAAUUUUUCUCUUGAA